AUGGGAGUAGCUCAAUUUCUCAAUACUGCCAUUUUGACUUUAAUUAUUAAUCUAUUUAUUACUGAAGAUGUUUCAAGUUUAAAUCAAGCAAUUUGGCAAACAGGAGGACUGAAUUCAAAUAUUAUGUUGAUUUUUAUUACUAAUUCAAUUAUGCCUUGGCUAACUUAAUUGUUAGAUGUUAAUUAUUUUUAUAAGUUAUAUGUCAGACAAAAAAUUAUAAGAUAAGGAGAAGAUUGCAAAUAUACCUAAAAUGAAGCUAAUUAGUAAAAAUUAUUUAUAUUUUAGAGCAUUUGAAGGACCCUCAAUUGAUUUAUCUUAAAAAUAUGCUAAUUUAUGCAAGACUUUAAUGUUUACAUUUUUAUAUUCAGCAUUAUUACCUAUUGGAGUUUGCUUUACAUUUUUCUCAAUUGUUUGUAUUUAUUGGACAGAAAAAUACUUAUUAAUUAGAAGAGACUCAAAGCCUGCUCCAACAGGAAGUGCAAUGGCUGAAGCAAUGAUCGAUUUUUAUAUCGAAUUAAUUCUAUUAUUAUUUUCCGUAAAAAUCAAUACUCAUAAUUUAGUUAGGAUGUACCUUUUGGGAAUGGGUGAAUUAUGAUUAAGUACACUAUCUUACAUGGCUGUAAUUGGGAUUCUCAACACUGCAUUAUUUAGUACCAAUUUAGAAAGUCUGUGGUUGCAUAGUGGAUUUAGGGAUUGACAAUGCCACUGUUGAAACAUAUGAUCAAAAAUUCUUAACUUUUUAUGAUGAUUAUGAUAGACGCAAUCCUGUUACUUUGGAUUCAGCAAAAGAAAAAUGGAUAAAACUUCAUUAGGAAACUGUUUAAUCCAAUUUUUAACCAAAAACUAAGUAAUAAGAAAUUGUAAUAGUAGAAAUUUAAUUAAAAAAUUUCAUUAAAUCAAUCAUAUCUCUUCGGGAAUAGCCAAAAUUCAUCCCUUAGAUAGUAGGAAUAUCAAAGAUAUUGAUUAAAUAUAAGAACUUUAAUCUUGA